CGGGCGGGACGUGGCAGCGAAAUGACUUCAGCAGGGGUACAUAGCCAGGCAAGGAGAAGAGAUGGAUAGUCGAUUCAAUGACCUUGGUGAGCCCAGCUGCGCGGCCAGCUUGCCCACUCGAGCAGGCAAGUGCUAGUGUCACAGACCGGGUCCUUUGCGUACAGCGAGACAAGUCUGGCACAGCUGCCCGAGUUGGGUAUGGUGAGCUCGGCGAAACAAGGGUCACCCAGGCUGGCGACGGUCACGCUCCUCAUUGAGGGGAGCUCGGUGCGUGUUCGCGCCCGUCGGACCGAAGAUUGGCAUUCCUUCGUAUCAUUCUACGAUGCAAGCGGGUCGUGGAACCAUGGAACGUCGGGCCGUGAAGGUAGACGCGAGAGAGCGGUGACCCUGCUCAGACAUCGCUCACCGCCAAGCAUGACACCUCGGCCCAUUGAUGUAAGAGCGAUGCUCGCCCACUUGACGACGGGGAAAAGACGGCUCGUGGUAACGAGUCCAUGUACGCGAGGGAUGCUGGGGAAGUCGGGGGGCGAAGUGAGGGCCGUGCACGAUAUUCAAUCGCUUCGAUGAACCGCCUGUCGUCAUUGAGUCUGUCAAUCCAAGCUGAAGGCCGCUGCGAGGCUGAUCGAGUCGACCAAAUGCCGGCGGUGAGUGACAG